AAUUGAGAAAAAUACCACAUUAGAAAGGACUGUUCUGGGAAUUCAGUCUGUUAAAAACAAAAAGAAACAUUUUCACUCCAAUGGCCCAACAGGGGUAAGGAAGGCCCAAUAAAAAAAACUAUACUACCCAAGAAAACUGAAGAUCUAUCUUCUUAUCCAGAGGACCCCAUAAAUCAAUCAUCCUUCAUUCACAGUGAAAGCAGCUCACUUUAGCCAUGGCCACUCUCCUUCUGGGAGGAACAAACUCCUCCACUCUCCCAAUUCUUUCUUCUAAACUCUUCUCUUCCCACCCUUCCAUCAACCCUUCAUCAGGAUUCAGUGUGGGGAAUAAGUUUAGUGGCGGGAUUGGGCUGGUAGUGAAGAAGAAGAGGAAGUCUCAGUUCCGAUUUUCAGUUUCGAAUGUGACCACUGAAAUUAGCCCUGCUCAACAAUUGGCUCAAAAGCUUGCAGCUAGUGAGAGCAGACCAGUCUAUCCUUUUUCUGCAAUAGUUGGACAAGAUGAGAUGAAAUUAUGUCUUUUGCUCAACGUGAUCGACCCAAAGAUUGGAGGCGUGAUGAUAAUGGGCGACCGGGGAACCGGGAAGUCCACAACCGUUCGAUCAUUGGUCGAUUUACUCCCCGAAAUCAAAGUUGUUUCGGGCGAUCCGUUCAACUCGGACCCAGAGGACCCCGAGGUAAUGAGUGUUGAAAUCCGUGAGAAAAUUUCUGCGGGUGAAGAUAUACCCGUUGCCCUGACCAAAAUCAACAUGGUUGACCUUCCAUUGGGAGCCACCGAGGAUCGGGUUUGUGGGACCAUUGACAUCGAGAAGGCUCUCACUGAGGGUGUGAAGGCAUUCGAGCCGGGUCUCCUCGCCAAAGCGAAUAGAGGGAUUCUUUACGUGGACGAGGUCAACCUAUUGGAUGACCAUUUGGUAGACGUUCUAUUGGACUCCGCCGCGUCCGGAUGGAACACGGUCGAACGGGAGGGAAUCUCAGUCUCCCAUCCGGCCCGGUUUAUCCUCAUCGGGUCCGGAAAUCCCGAAGAAGGAGAGCUGAGGCCCCAGCUUCUCGACAGGUUCGGAAUGCACGCACAGGUGGGGACCGUCAGGGAUGCCGAAAUGAGAGUGAAGAUCGUAGAGGAGCGGGCCCGCUUUGACCGAAACCCGAAAGAAUUCCGGGAGUCCUACAAAGAAGAGCAAGAGAAGCUCCGGGCCCAGAUUGCGUCGGCUAGGAGUGGGCUUUCUUCGGUCACGAUGGAUCACGAGCUUCGGGUCAAGAUCUCAAAGGUUUGCGCUGAACUGAAUGUGGACGGGCUCAGGGGCGAUAUCGUAACUAACCGGGCUGCAAGGGCAUUGGGUGCCCUAAAAGGAAGGGAUAGUGUCACUGCUGAGGACAUUGCAACUGUGAUACCUAACUGUUUGAGGCACCGGCUCCGGAAAGAUCCGUUGGAGUCGAUCGACUCGGGGCUGCUCGUCAUCGAGAAAUUUUACGAGGUUUUUAGUUGAAGAGAUCAGAUAAAUUCAUUACAAGAUGUGCUAAAAUUAUGUUUUCCUGGCCCUUUUUUUGUGGGAUUUAACUGGAUUUGUUGCUGUUUAUGUGCAAAAUUGUGUUUGUUAUGAAUCAGGUUGGCUAGAUUUUGGCUUGGUCACAUUUUGUUCAUUCUUACAAAUGAAUUGCCAAAGUUGUACCCUUUCUUGUAAUGGGAAUUUAUGAGAGUUUGUGUUGAUAUUAUUCCUCUAUUGCUAUGAUUUUC